AUGUCGGAUACCUGUACUCCGGCUCAUGACUGGUUUACCGCGACACUCACGGCCGGACUAUGCGUUGGUCUUAUGAUAUCGUACGCGCCGCAGCACUUCCGAAUAAUAAACAAACAGUCGUCGGAAGGAUUGUCCCCGUGGUUCCUUUUAUUAGGGAGCACCUCCAGUGCGUCAGGUUUCUUGAAUAUGGUCGCCCUGCAAUGGGGUAUUGUAAAGUGCUGCCGUUACGUGAGCGUAGGGAGCUGCGCCGAAAUUACUCUAGGAGUCGUCCAGGUUGGGCUGCAGUGGUUUCUCUUCACAAUGAUCAUGGUUCUAUACAUGAUAUACUAUCCCCCGUAUCUUAAAUAUGUCGCGGCCAAUGAACAUGAAGAUAACCAUGACACGCGGCCGUCUUCCUCUCCCAUAAAGAAGCCAAUGAAGCGGGCUGAAUGGAGCCUUUCCAUUAUUCUUUCUUGGGUGGUCGUAGUUCACAUCAUCUUAAUAUCAUUCACUACGUUCUUCCUCCUCCUUACGGCUACGCCAUCUCCCUCGCCAUCUCUCCCUCUCCCAAAGCAGGUGCUCUCCUGGGCAACAUUCCUGGGUGUAUCAUCUGCCAUUCUCGCGGCCAUACAAUACGCGCCACAAAUUGCUCACACGUAUCGACACAAGGUAGUAGGUGCACUGAGUAUACCCAUGAUGUGUAUCCAAACGCCCGGGGCAAUACUGAUGGUCACUUCCAUCGCGCUAAGGCCAGGCACCAAUUGGACUAGUUGGAUAACCUUUGCUGUGGCAGGGGUCAUGCAAGGGACCCUUCUUGUCAUGUGUAUAUUCUGGAAAGUCCGUCAACAACGACUGGGGAUUGAUGAUUUCGGCCACUCGCUCGCGCCACCAAGUCCAUCUGCUUCAGGGGGGAGCACCUAUGACUCGAAUUCUCGUGGAGAAGAAGAAGUACCUGGACUGGUGACCGGCGAAGGAGACGAUCCCACUGCCGUUAGCAUGGCAUUAGCCGCCGCUCUGGAAUCAGCCGUCGAGACAGAUUUGAGGGCUCACAGUGAUAGUCGUAUAGACGCAGCGCAGGCAGAAGAUAGUGAAAGGACGCCGCUCCUUGGAAACCCUACGAAAGACAAUGAAGCAGGGGGACAUGAAACCAACCAUGGGUGGUUCGGCUGGCUUCGAAGGUAG